AUGCCUGGGCGACGCGGGUCUGACCCAGCUGCACCAGCUCCACCCGGUGCUGCUGCGAGCGGGGCACCCAGAGAGUUUAAUGUGCAGCCAACGUGCAGUCAGCGACUGGGAUCGACCGGGCAUCAGGUGGCUUUGACCGUUACUUGCCCGGACAACCAGUUUUGGUCUACAGCAAUUCUGUGGGGACCUGGGCUGCUUGGCAAGCAGAUGGGCCUUCUCCACCCUGACAACACUUCCAGCAUCUUCCAGCAUUUCCAGCGCAGAGAUGAGAUUGGAAGCCCGGCUCAGGUCCGUGGCACCAUUGCAGAGACGAUCUUCGAGCAAGCCUGCGUGGCAGAUGGCUACUCCAUGCCAGCUGGGUGCAUCAAGGUCAUGCUUGAGAAUGAGAGCGUCAAGUAUGCCACUUGCUUGUUCAACCUGAGCAGGCAGCCGCAGUACUUCGGCCUGCUGAAGGCAACGGCAACGAGGACCAAAGGCGACUCUUUGUCAGAAUUUGUCCUACCAUCUCCAGUGCCCAGAUCUGCCGCAACCGGCGCCGGCGCCGGCGCCUGCAUCGAGCCUGGAGCGGCCCCUUCCUCGGCCCGAUGCCCGGCGAACUGCGUCUUUCCAACGCUUCAGUUCUCGCCGCGAUCGCGAUGCUCCGAGCAAAAGGCUCAGAAGUUUGAACUAGUGGAUUGGGGUUGGAACACCUACGAAAUCCGCCUGCAGGAGAUUUUCAUGGAGUAUGACAAAGACAACUCUGGAGCCUUGGAGGUCGAGGAGUUCCGUGCGCUGCUACGAGACUUCAAUGAAGGCCGCGAGCCCACGGAAGAGGAGCAUGCUUUCAUGAUGAAGUUGUCCGACAAGGAUGGCGACGGCCGGAUCAGCUUGGGAGAGUUGCACUACGCACUGCGUGCCUGGCACAGCUAUCGCCACAUGGAUGACUCACUCCUCCGGCUCUUUGCCGAGUUCGACUUUGAUGAGUCGGGACACCUGUCAGUGGUGGAGCUGGAGCGUCUAUUGACCGCAAUGAAUGGUGGCAAGCCCGUCCCACGCCAUGAGGUGUACCGGGUCAUGCAGGAAGCGGAUACGCUGGGUGACCGAGUAAUCCACCGUGCUGAGCUUCUGGGAGCCAUCUCCGCGUGGUACGGCAACGUGGACCGCAAGGACACCGACAUUCCAAGCCUUCUGCGAGAGGCCCUGUCGCGGACCAUCCAGGAAGCUGAGUGCACUGCCACAUGGGAGCUGCUGGGCUUCGGCUCAGCAGGAAAGGUCUUCAAGGCCAAGCAGAAGAGAGACGACAAAGAGGUGGCCCUUAAGGUGAUGCAGUGUUUGGACGAGGAGAUGCUCCGUAUCCGGUGUGGUGAGUUCAACGUGCUGCGAACUUUACGGCAUCCACACAUUGUCAAUGUGCUCAACUUCUGGACGAGCGACAAUCAGGCCGUCCUUGCAAUGGAACUCCACAGCCAGAGCAAUCUGCAGCAAGUAGUCCGGCGAUCUUCUUCUCUGGACGAGUUGACUGCCAAGUCCCUUUUUCAGAUGCUGCUGGAAGCAGUGGACUUCCUGCACCAGAAGAGAAUUAUCCACCGCGAUGUGAAGCCAGAGAACAUCCUUGUAUCAGAUGACAUGAAGAGCCUGUGGCUUGCUGACUUCAACGCAGCCCAUUCUCUGCUUGAAGGAGGGGCCUUGAGUAUGACCUUCACCGCGGAGUUUGCUGCUCCUGAGGUCCUCCGCGGACAGACCCACGCUGAGGCCGCAGACGUUUGGAGCUGCGGGCUGCCGUUUGUCUGCAGUGUUUUUGAUGGCCUUGUUGCUUUUUGCAUAAUUUCGUCCUUCUUCAUACGCCUCCUUGCUUUCUGA